UCCACCAGCGGUAGCAGCACCACUAUCGUUCCAUCGGCAGCUCCGUCAUCGGCAGUCAGCGAAAGAACGAGGUCUUCCGUUCCGGCAUAAUAGUCGUGCGAGUUGGCAGUCGCGUGGUCCGUGUGCUUCAGCGUUUUCGUGUUCCGAUUACCGAUCCCGUGUUCCCGAGAGGCGAGAAGGAAAAGGACGUGUUCGCGGCUAGUUUCGCGUGCGUUUGGUUCAGUGGUUGUGUAGUUCGCUUCUGUCCAACAACAUGAAUGAAGAAUACGACGCGAUCGUGCUGGGCACCGGGCUCAAAGAGUGCAUACUCUCCGGUAUGCUGUCGGUCAGCGGGAAGAAGGUGCUCCACGUAGAUCGCAACAAGUACUACGGCGGCGAGUCAGCCUCCAUUACGCCGCUGGAGGAUUUGUUCGCGAAAUUCAAGGCGCCUACGCCGGAUGAGAGCUACGGUCGUGGCCGCGACUGGAACGUUGAUUUAAUUCCCAAGUUCCUGAUGGCGAACGGGUUGCUGGUGAAGCUACUAAUUCACACCGGUGUGACACGUUACUUGGAGUUCAAAUGCGUCGAGGGUUCGUACGUCUAUAAGUCCGGGAAGAUUUCGAAGGUGCCGAUCGACCAGCAGGAGGCGUUGUCCAGUGACCUUAUGGGCCUGUUCGAAAAGAGGCGGUUCCGUAGCUUCCUCAUAUGGGUGCAGAACAUGCAGGAGGAUAAGCCCGAUUCUUGGGACGGCUUCGACCCGUUCAGCAAUAACAUGAGCGCUUUGUACAACAAAUUCAACCUCGACAAAAAUACUCAGGACUUCACGGGACACGCGCUAGCGCUUUAUAGGGACGACGAGUAUAUAGGCCAACGUGCAAUUACUACUAUAAGAAGAAUUAAAUUGUACAGCGAUAGUUUAGCGCGUUAUGGAAAAUCACCGUAUCUGUAUCCCAUGUACGGUCUGGGCGAGCUUCCUCAAGGCUUCGCCCGACUUAGCGCCAUUUAUGGUGGAACGUACAUGUUGGACAAACCGAUCGACGAAAUCGUCGUCAAAGACGGAAAGGUCGUCGGUGUACGAUCCGGAGACGAGGUUGCUCAGUGCAAACAAGUCUUUUGUGACCCGACGUAUGUACCUGAGCGCGUGAAGAAAGUGGGUCAGGUCAUAAGAUGCAUUUGUCUCUUAGAUCACCCGAUACCAGGCACAGGAGAUGCUUUGUCGACGCAAAUUAUUAUUCCUCAAAAACAAGUCAACCGCAACUCCGACAUCUAUGUGUCUCUGGUGUCGCAUACUCAUCAAGUGGCUGCGAAAGGAUGGUUCAUAGCCAUGGUGUCGACCACGGUCGAGACGAAGAAUCCGGAAGCCGAGAUCAAACCCGGCCUCGAUUUGCUCGGCCCUAUCAGGCAAAAGUUCAUAUCAGUAUCCGAAUACAUGGAGCCGACCGACGACGGUCUGAAUAGUCAGAUCUUUAUAUCGACGAGUUACGACGCCACAACGCACUUCGAGACCACCUGUUUAGACGUCCUCGAUAUAUUCAAGCGAGCGACCGGCGAGGAGUUCGACUUCAAAAAAGUGAAACAAGACCUAGGCGACGAGGACCAGUAACCGUACGACAGCUAGCGCAGCUGGUCAUUCUCGAAACUAGUUCAUCCUGAAUUUAACGAAAGAGAAAGAAACAAAACAAGAGUGAGCAACGUAAUUUAAUGCGUAAUCUUACCGACCGCGUCGGUGUUUAAUCGAGUCUCGAGGCGGAUACGAUCCGCCGAUAGGACUCACGCCUAAUAAUUCUAGGUUCUCUUUCGCGGAGAACUACUACCAAGGGCAGAACGGAAUAUUCGAACAUUUAUCUUUUUAAGUUUGUCUAAAUACCAUUCUACAUACUAUCCUUUAAUUACACAGUUUUCUUUUCUCUCCCCCCUUCCCCCCCUCUCUGGAAUACACACAGACACGACAUAUUCCGAAAUAGGGUUGACAAUGAAACUUGUACCGUUUGUGAUUUGAGUAUUUUCGAUACAUUCUGAACGGGGAACGAAAUAAAUGUUACAGGACGACUCGUGUGUUCUCCAUGUAUUUACCAUCACCAGUGCGUUUUGUAGCAACAAUUGUCACCACAUCACGGAUAUUUAUCUCAUGUUUUAACUGUCGAACAAAAGAGUAUAGAUAGAAUCGUUCAUCGAAAUUGUUGUAAAACAUUGUGGUACAAGACGAAUUAUUAAGAAAACCGGUAAAUUUGCACCCGGACGUCGAAAAUAGCGCGGCGGCGUCCCUGUUUUAGUCGUAGAAAACUAUAUCAUACUCCUGCACAUUUAGUUCCGGUAUCGUUUGAGACUCGAGACACCCACGUGUAUUUCACAGGAAUGCAAACCGAAAACAUAUGCAUACAAUAAGCCGAAUCUCUCGUAAAGAACAAUUGCCUGUAACUGAAAUAUAAUUACAGGAGAGAAUCUAUAUUGAAAUAUUAAGAGGGGAAAAAAAAGGAUUGAAAGAGCGGCCAAGCAUAUAAAUAUAUAAAUUAAAUAGAUAUAUAUGUAUAUUCUUUCUCGUUCUCAAGUAUUAGAAGAAUGAGAAUAUAGAGAAGAGGGAAUCGUUGAAACGUUGUUAUUUUAUGUGAGCUUGAGGGCCAGACAAUUUCCUUGUCCAGUAUUUAUGAUCAUUAUCAAUUGAGAGGACAUGAAUCGAGAGGGCAACUAUACACGACAUGCAUAUGUUGCUUUUAGAACCGCUAUGCGUGUGCAUUAAAUGUAUGCGUGGAUGUUUUAUUACCGAGCGAUUGGCUGUUCCUCAGAACUUUUAAUUCGCUUGCAUUCUUGCUUGAAAAAAAAAACUAUAAGCGCACUGAUUCACAAUGAUUCGUGUCACGUACGAAUUCAUUGGAAGACGGCCACGUGUUCCACCUUUACCUUUACCUAAAGUGUUACUCACGUAACUGUAAUGUGACGGUCGUCAGAAAAAGAAUAAACGGUAUUGUAUUAAUUUCAA